GAUCUGCUGAGUUGGGUGAAUGGUGCUCAGGAACAUGGCUUUGUCCUGGUGUCUUUUGGAGCUGGUGUCAAGUACCUUUCAGAAGACAUUGCUACAAAACUGGCUGGAGCUCUGGGGAGAUUGCCUCAAAAAGUGAUUUGGAGGUUUUCUGGAACCAAACCAAAGAAUCUAGGAAACAACACUAAGCUCAUAGAAUGGCUGCCGCAAAAUGACCUGCUUGGUCAUUCAAACAUCAAAGCCUUCCUAAGCCAUGGUGGUUUGAAUAGUAUUUUUGAAACUAUGUAUCAUGGUGUCCCUGUAGUGGGAAUUCCACUUUUUGGAGACCAUUAUGAUACUAUGACUCGAGUACAGGCAAAAGGCAUGGGGAUCUUGUUAGAAUGGAAAACUGUUACUGAAGGAGAGUUGUAUGAUGCGCUUGUGAAAGUCAUCAAUAAUCCAAGCUAUCGACAGAGAGCUCAGAAGUUAUCAGAAAUUCAUAAGGAUCAACCCGGCCACCCUGUCAAUCGGACUACCUAUUGGAUAGACUACAUUCUUCGUCAUGAUGGAGCCCAUCACCUCCGUUCGGCCGUCCAUCAGAUUUCUUUCUUUCAGUAUUUUCUACUGGAUAUUGCCUUUGUGCUUUUGCUUGGUGCUGCCUUGUUCUACUUCAUUUUGUCCUGUUUGAUAAAAUUUAUCUAUAGAAAAAUCAAAAGCCUGUGGUCUAGAAAUAAGCAUAGCACAGUUAAUGGACAUUACCAAAAUGGAAUCCCUAAUGGUAAAUACAAAGGAAAUGGUCAUAUUAAACAUGAAAAGAAGGUAAAAUGA